UUAAGAUUAUUUUUAAACUGAGUGUAGGAAGAUUUUUUUAAUUUAAUGUACCAAUAAUCUAUUUAUGUUAUUUGGUUUCCUCAUUCAAGUGCCAUGAAUUCGUUUGAUUCAACGAUUGAAUCUGUUCAAAGCAUUUCUAAGCUUUUUAAUGAAGACUGCAAUUGUACUGCUAUUGAUAAAACUACCGGAGAAUUUUGUGGUGAGACUGAAACUUUAAAAAUUAUUGAUGAAUUUCAAAAAUUAUAUGAAACUCGGAUUGAAAAUGUUGACCGACAGCUUGAAAAUGAAUUUGAUCAAGUUUGUAUGAAACUUGAAAUUUCAAAAGAAUGGAUCAAAAAUUUGAAAGAACAAAAUGUUAUGUUAGUGCAAGUAGUAGAGGAUUUAGAACAAGCUGCUUGUAGUAGAGUUAAAUUAUUAGAACAGAAAUUGAAACAUUCAUCAGUGUUAGUUUCUGAAAAUAUGACAAAGUCAAUGAUUACAGAGAAGGCUAUAAAUACACUUUCAAAUCGUGUAAGUGACCUAGAGAGAGAUGAAAAAUUUAUGCAACGAAAAAUAGAGUUUCUUCAAAGUGAUAUCAGAGGAUUAUUAGAAUUGAUAAGACGUGCAGUACAAGACAAUCAUUGGAAUUUAGAUGAUAUCAAAUUUUUUGAAAUUGAACCUAGUGAUAUACCUAUUCCUGUGAAUUGUACCUGUGAUCAGGGAGAUAUAAGCCACAAAAAUGUGCAGUCUUUAAAACUGCAAAUUGAACAUCUUCAGGAAAAUGAAAAGAAAAUGAUUGCACAUCAGAAAGAGUUAGAAGAUAAAUUACUUGAUCUUAAUACAAAAUUACAAACAAAAGAAGAUACCAUUAAAUUAUAUGUUUCCCAGUUUCAAAGUCUUAGUGAUAAUCUUAGAAAACAAGUUAAAUUUACAGAUCAAAUGGCAUGCAGUUCAUUUGUAACAAAUGAUGAAGAAACUUUUGAUGAUGUUAUAAAGUCAAGGAAUCCUGUAAAUCAACAGAAUCAAAUUGUAUUAUAUCUGAAUAAGGUAAAAUCAUUGAUGGAACAAGAAAAGGAAGAUCUUUCUAAAUUAAAAAUAGAAUUGGAAAAAACUGUAGAAGAAUUAUGCUGUGAGAGAAAUGAAGAAUAUAAUACAAUUGAGAAUAAAUGUUCUAUGGAUAACAUAAAGUACAAACUAACUAAAAAUAUUGAAUAUGUAAACAAAAUAUAUUCAAGGAAGGAGGAACUAAUUGGAAUAAUUAAUUCUUUAUUUCAAAUGGAAAACAAUAAUUUUUUUCAUAUAGAAAGUUUUAAUUUGUUACCAUACACAGAUAUUAAUCAAUUUAAGUUAAUGGAUGUGUUUAGAGCAUGUGCUAUUGAAGCACAAGUUACUAUGGAAGAUAUCAAAGAUGAAAUAAAUCUAAUUGUUUCUUCAUUCAAAUGUAGACAUCAAAAGUAUGUUGAUUUAAAUAAAGAAGUCGUAAAUAUGCAAAAUCAAUUAAUAAAAUGUCGUGGAAAAAUAGCAGAAGUACUUAAUAAAUUGCAGUUACAAGAAGGAGAGAGAAUAAGACACAAUAAUAGAAUAACUUUAGGAAAGAAUAAAUUAAAAGAUAUUAAAAAUGAAAUAAAUCUUACUGAAUCUCACUUAUUAAUCCAUGUUAAUAUACAGAAUAAAUUUGAAACUACACCUAACCAUGGAGAUGUAUGUAUUUAUAAUGACUUAUUAUGUUCAGUGAUUGAAGAGAUAGAACAAACAUCAUCUAAUCUACAAAUAUUUCAAAAUCAAGAAUGUUCCAUAGUAAAAGAUCUGGAAAAAUUGAAGAAUCAAUUUCAUGAGAUAGAUUCCUCUACAAAGAAAUUACAAGAUAAAAUAGAUGAUGCGAUGUCAGAACAUGAUACAGUAGAAAUAACACUUUCACAGAAAGAACAAAAAUUACAAAAACUAGAAGAAAAAAUUAAUGUAAUUCAUUUAAAAGUACAAAACAUGUUUGAAUCAUCUUAUUCUCCAAAGGAGGAACAUAUAUCUGAAUGUAAUAUUAUGGAGACUCAGUUAUAUACACAAGUUUUGAAUGAAAUACUGCAAAUUAAACAAGCUGUACAUGAAUUAAAGAAAGAACAUGAUAAUUUAAAGUAUAAUAUAUCACAAAAAUCACUCUAUUCAGAAUGCAAUGAGAAAACGUGUUUAUGGAAAUGUAGAAUUACUGAUUUACAUGAUCAAGUUAAAAUACUGCAACAUGAGGCUAAGUGCAAUGAAGAGGCAAACAAUUUUUUAAGAAAUAACAUUCAGUCAAUAGAAGAGGAACUCCACAUAGCUAAAACAAAAGCAGAUAAUUAUAAACGAUCUCAUUCAAGAGACAACAUGGAAUUGAAGAAAAAGACGAUAGAAUUAGAAAAUAAUCUUAAACUUCAAAAAGAAAUUGAAUGCACUUUGCGACAACAAUUGAAUGAUAGUGAAGUUGAAUUAAAAAAAUCUAAAGAAUUAUUAAAUUCUGCUCAUAAUGAACAUAAUAUGGAAGAUACAUUGUUACAGUGUUGCUGUUCUCAAUUUAGACAUGAUAUAAUGACUACACCUCAGUUAUUUAAAAAGCUACAGGGUACGAUAAAGUCUACAAAAGUUGGCCUUCAGGAACUUAAAGCAGAAUUAAAAAAAUUGAUUUGUGAGGAUUCGUCUAAUUUUUGUCAUUCUACAAGAUCAUUGAUGAAUUUACUAGACAAAUUGCAAAAAUAUGAAAGUGAAUUAGAUAAUUGUUCCCAAGAAAUUGAAGAGCUUAGAAAUGCGUUGUAUUCUAAAGAUAAACUUAUAGAAAAUAUGGAUGAAAUUAUCAAAAUUCAAAAAGAUUCCAUUGUAAUGACACAAUCUGAAUUAAAAGAACUUCACCAAAAGUUUCAAGAAAAGAUUGAUAAUCAAGAUCAAAUAAUCUCUAAAUAUGAGAAAGAGAAGAAAGAAUUAUUAAAACAGAAUGAUCUUCAGAUUCAAACUAUUGGACACUUACAAAAUGCUGUAGUGGAAGCUAAAAAAUGUAUAGAUCAAAUUGGACAUAGAACCGUGACAUAUUUGUAAAAAAACAAUCAAUCUGACUUACAGUUUGAAGAAAAAAUUGAACCUAUUCGUCUACUGGCGAUGUAUGCGGAAGAAACUCAAUGUCAAUAUAAUGAAUGUUUUGCAGAGGCAGCUAAACAGGGCGAAUUGUUAGAAUUACAACGAGAUGCAAUUCACGAUCUUCAACAAAAAAUAAGUUAUAUGGAAUACAAUAAUCGAUUAGCUAUUACCUUCGUUCAUAUUACGUAUUAUUCAAUUUUAAAAACAAUACAGGAACAAUUGGAAACUCGUGUAAAUGAUAUUCAAAUUCUAAAGAAUGAGAUGGACAGUUUGAUGCAAUCGAAAUGCUAUUUGGAAAGUAAAUAUUUAAAUACAAAAAGAUUAUGGCAAGAAGCUGAAAGAAAAUUACAAGAACUGAGGCAGGAAAUAUCGAAGACUGAAAACAAAAUAAAAAUUGAUGAAGAUAAAAACCAUCAAUAUAAGAUAGAAAGUACAUUUAAAGAUACGGUUAAAAAUACAAAUUAUUCCACCCAAGAUGUAUGUGAUUGCAAUGGUCUAAUAUUUAACAAUAGGGAACAAUGUAAAAAUAUAUCACAUGAGCAUGAUUUACAAUCAGAAAUUGAAAUCUUAAUUAGAGAAAAUGAAGAUAUGAAAAGACAACUACAAAAGUAUAAAUUGGAUUUUGAUAUAAUUGACAAAGAACUGAAAACAGAAAGAGAAAAUGAUACUUAUGUUCAACAAAUUUCAUUUGAAUUACAAAAAUUACGAGAUUCAGAAUGUUGUUUACAAUAUGAAAAUGAACUGCUUAAAUCUGAUUUAAAAAAACAGGCAAAAAUAGUAGAAGAUUUAUUGGAGAAACUACAGUUUGCUCAAGAAAAUAACAAAAAAUUUGAAAAAUUGAUAAAGAAAUUAGAGGAUAAACAGAUACAGAUUAAUGAUUCAUAUAGUCAGAUUGCAAAUAAUGAAAUUAUUAUGAAAAAACAAACAGAAAUUAUAGAAGAAUUUGAAAAGAAAUUAGAUAUAAAAAAUCAACAGAUUAAAGCAUAUUUAUCUGAAUUAAAUGUAGCAGAAGAGGAAAUGUCAACUUUGCAUGAAAGAAUAAAAUCUUUGAAAACAAUGUUAAAAGAAAAAUCAGAUAAUAUGGCUAAACUGCAAGCAGAUUAUGAAGUGAUAAAGGAAAUAAAUUAACUUUUUAAAAUGUGAAAUAAAUUUUUUUAGUUGAAAGAUCUUCAAAUGCAGUUAUGCUUCACUAAAAAUAAUUAUUUUAGAGUCACAGAAGAUUUUAAUAAAGCGCAAGAACAAUUAAUCAAGAUAACAAAACGGGAAGCUGAUUUACAAGAAUGUUUAACAAAUAUGGAAAGAGAUUAUUGUUUAAAACUAUCAAGUAUUGAGGAAGAGAAAACUAUGCUUCGAAAUUACUUAGAUAAAUUCAGAGAUGAAUUGGAAGAAAUUAAAAGAAACUAUUCAAUAAAGAGUGACGAAUAUUGCAAACUGCAAGAUAUUUGUAAAUCUUAUGCAGAACAAUUAGACAUGUUACAACAACAGAUUAAAGAAGAAAGAGAAAAAGUUAAAAAAAUGGAAGAAUCAAAUCAUUGUAUAAUACAACAGUUAGAAGAAUACAAAAAAAAAAAUUGUGAUCUUGUUAAAGAAAAAUCUACAAUAGAACAAAGUAAUUGUGAAAUUGUUUCAGAGUUGCAAGAAACACAUAAAUCAUUGUUAGAAUUAAAAAGGGAGUGCCAGUCAAAAAAUAAAUCUUUGGCUUGUAUAUCAGCAGAAUUAACAGAGACAGCAAUAAGUCGAUCAGAACUUUGUAAUCAAUCACAAUAUGUUGUUUCAUGUAUACACAUUUGGAUGGAGGAACAACGAGAAUAUGUAAACAAACUUAAGCAGGAAUUAGUACAACUUGGAUUUGAGAAAAAAGCAUUAAUAGAUGAAAUAAAAAAAUUAAAGCACAUCAAUCAUGCAUUACUGCAAAGACUAAAACGCAUACAUAAACAUAGUAGCAGAAAUGUUAGAAAUGUUUGUGUAGGAUGCCAAAUAUUACCAAAAACUGAUAUAUGUCUCCCUGCAAGCUCUAAAAGUUUAUCAUCACAGAAGAAACUAAGUCUGAUGAGGACAGCACAACGCAUUUCAAUGUGUAGUAAUGGUUGGUGGAUUCCUAGAAUAAAAUAUUUAAUAAAUGGGUUGCAAAAAAAUAAUUUAGAAUGUAGUGAAAAAUGUUUUAACAGGAUGAACACAGAUGUGGGAUCAGAAGAAAAUCACGAUUGCGGUUACCAAUCAUCUACUAGUAAAUGA